UUUUCAAGACGGGACGGGGGUUUGAUGUUCGCCGCACUUAAGAACAGCAUCAUCAACGGUGUACUAGAAGCUUUCGCAUUGGUAUGUCGACUUGUGGUGCAAAUCACGCCCUUCAAUAUGAGUAGCGCAAAUAAUCGUUACCAGCAGGGGUUCGGGCCUGGGUGAGGCUUCGAUCGCAGCCGCCGUCUACUCGGAGCGCCACUUGUCCGUGCGUGGGGUCGUUUGCUCCGUGUCACUUCGGCGGGGCGACGCGUGACGGGCUCGGUGACGGGCUCGGUGACGGGCGUCGAUUACCGCGUGCGACGGCAAACCCACCUGUGAGGCCCCACACGGCGCAAAGAGGCUCGUCUGCGGCGUCGGCCAACACGGUUCCGCUUUUCUUGGGCAGGGAUGCAUACGUCCGUCUUGUGUCUGCUCCUGCUGUAUGCGGCUGCACUUUCGGUAGGCUUCCGGUUUCCGCGGCCGGCACUUCCAGACGUCCGGAUGCUACAAACCGUCCUCGGCUCGCAGGAGGGCUGGCCGCCGCUGCCGGGGCGCCUCCCGUCCGAGUACGAUGACUUCGAGGCCUGCUUCAAUUGGCUGGUCGGGGCGGCCCUCGUCGACGACCCGACGGACGCCCUGCCAGCCUACCUGAGCGUCGUCGUCUCCAGGUCCGACUACAUCAACGAUGACGACUGGAUGAACCGCCUGCUGCGACGCCUGACCAUCCCCUGGCGCAUCGUGAUCGAUGACGGCAACACGCCGUUAACCCUUCCAAACUGUGGCGGGCCGUCGACCGUGGAGUCCCUCCUGGUCUUUUUGGACGACGAACUUCCAGUUGUCUCACUGAACCGAGGGCUCAGACGUCUCUCGGCGAGCUCCGCGUGGACCAAGGUGGUGGUGUGGGUGGUGACGAGAUUGUUGCCGGCGAGUAUGAGGCACUCCGUGCUGCUGAACGCGCUAAUGGAGGAGGCGUGGCGGGCCAACCGAUGGCGCCUGGUGCUGGCCGUGCCGAGGGCCGAGGCGACGGCGGACAACACGACGGUGCCGAGGCAAUACGCACCGCAUCGCCGCCCGCUCUUGCCGUCCACGGACACGGUCACGGGGCGGCGCCCGAAGGGCCGCGACGGUCUCGGCGACCAGGGGCUCGUGGGGCGUCUCGACGUGUACGGCUACGAGCAGCCCCUGGACCCUGCCUGUCUAGACAGUCGCCAGGUGACGCAGCCCGUCAGCCUGCUCCACUCCUGCCCGCGAGACUGCGACCGCCGCGCCAACCGACGGGAGCGGCUGCACUUUUUCAAGGACCUGGUCGCUCUGAACCUGGACGGCUGCCCGGUGCGGAUCACGGCCGUGCACGUGCCGCCCUGGGCCAUGAUCGAGAGGACGUCCGGCCCGCACUCGCGCCACCCCCUGGACCCGGCUCUCAAGGGCCUGGGCCCGUGCGCGACGCCACCGGGGCCACCGGAACCGGGAUCGCCGCCCUGCCAUGUCCACAUGGGCGGUACGCUGGGUGCCUUCGUCAAUGUGCUGGCGCAACGAUUGAACUUCGUACCGCAGGUUCAUUUCACCUCUGACGUGCCGUCGUCAAAGCAGCAAACUGAAAGUGAACACAUGUUGGGCCACCACGUCGCCGAGCUCGUGACCCAUCAGACGGACCUCACCAUCACCUCGUCCACCCUGACCGAGUCGCGGCUGCGCGUCGUGGAGGGCGUCACCUUCUGCAAGCUGUCGUGCUUCUCCUGGACCGUGCCGAGUGGGGCUGGAAAGGCCAUCAGCGUCCUGAUGCCGGUGGUAGGCGAGUUCAGCGAGGAGGUGUGGCUGUCGCUCCUCGUGGCCGUGCCCCUGGUCGGGGUGCUGCUGUUCGCCGCCACCCGGGUGCGUUCAAGGGGGCGGGGAGGCGGCCCGAAGGAGGCCCGCGCGCUGCCGGACCCCGGGCAGGUGGCUCUCGGGCUGGCGCUGCUGCUGACCCAGCCCGUCGCCGGCCGCUGGGCGAAGACGGCCCCGGUCCGCGGCGUGCUGCCCAUCCUGCUCGGCACCACCAUCGUCGUGACGGCGGCGUACCAGUCCACGCUGCUCACCACGCUCACGCUGCGCCAACCUCGGGCCGACAUUCAGACGCCCAGCGAACUUUUUGCAACCAGCCUCAAGUUGAGGAUGCCACAGGUGGUGCUCUCCCUGCUACGGGCCGACCCCAAGAACGUGGAGCCGCGCCUGCAGGUCAGCGCUAUGGGCCAAAACCUGGGGCGCAUCAACGACGUCACCCAGUUUUUCGAUGGACUUGUAACCCACCGGGACACGGCCGUGCUGGACACGAAGGAGACUGUAGAGUUCUACCGUUCUGUGGUGCUGCGUACGGACCGACGCGACCUCUUGUACCAAAUGAAGGGCUGCUUUGUCUCCUUCGUCGAGGCUCCCGUGCUGUUCCGCCGCGGCUCCCCGCUCGGCCCCGCGCUCUCCUGGACUUGGCUCGUGUUUAAUCAGGCUGGUUUGGACACCCGCUGGUUGCACCUGCUUCUGCAUAAACCUGGACCCGUCGAGCGUGCCCGGAGAGCCCUUCGGCUCAGUGAUAUGGUCGCCGCCUUCUACCUGCUGCUGAUUGGCUGGCUGCUCGCCGCUUCUACUCUGGCUCUAGAGCAGAGCUAUGCAAAAAGAAGCUCGGGUAAAGGUGAAUAUUUAAUUGAUUCCCAAUUGGUAUGAUCCGGCCUGACUAGUUCAGGUAGGCACCCUUGCUGCGAGGCUAGCUCGAUGGCUGGCGAGUACAUCCCGGGGUGGACUGACAAGGCCCACGGCGGCUCUGCUGUUCUGGGCCGAGCCGGGCUCCCUCGGGCUCACAGAUCGUCAGUCGUCGGCAAGCUCCAGCCUGGGUCAGGUCAACAUUGCUCCCUCUAAAGUCGAUAGGUAGGCCUAGCAGCUAGGUUGGGAACCGCUGUGUAGAGCUUCUGUCUGGAACCGUUCGGGCAAAGUCAAAUAAACCACCCGGUAUCGCAAGCAUUUCUUUCAAUCAACUACUGAAUCACUAUAUCACCGUAAAUUAGAGUACUUAGUACUUAAGGUUGAAAUCACAACCAAUACAGAACCAGGGGUGGAAACUCAGAACAGCCAAUUCCCCAGUCCUUGGCCACCUUGUAAAAAGGAAUACAGAAGGGGGGGGGGGGGCGUUGGCAUCCCCUAUUC